AUGGCGCUGCGCACUAGCCCUUUCUAUGCGACCACAGAUCUCAGCCGUGCGUUCUACUCGCUCAAGGUCAAGAAAAGUGAUCGCAAGUACCAGCGCUUUAUCUACCGUGGAUCUGCCUUCGAGUUCGCCGUUGUCAUGAUGGGUUUGCGUCCCAGUCCGGCCAUGCUUAUGCGAGCUUUGCGUCCUAUCGCUUCUCUGGCAAUGUACAUAUUGACGUUUCUCUUCGGUGACCCCGGUCCGCAGGGAUCCGCUAUCGAUCCUGCUUUUGUUCGGCCCGGACCGAUCACUCGCCACUUUGCCACCUACGGAGACUUCUCCAGUUACAACACGGCGCUAUCCUGGUUGCGUCUAUUCCUGGAUGAUGCUACGCUAACGGCUAAAACAGAGACUGCAAGAUCGACGGGCAUCGAGGUCUUCAGAGGAGUCGCCAGAUACUUUGGUUUUCUUUGUGAAGAAGACAAAGAGAGCGACGACACUAGUGCUGGCGUAGCGAAGCAUUUGGGUGUUCUGAUCCACCACGGCUCCCUGAUAUCACCAGUCCGCGUGGCACCCCUAUCCUCUCUACCGGAGACCUCCUUCAGCGAGCUUGGCGAAGAUACUCUCCUUAGCCUUGACCAUGCUCCUACACUCUCACUGGAGCACUUCACUCAUAUGGAUGCACUUUCCUUCUGUGGCCUCGACAAUCUCUCGGACCUAAGCGUCACCCCUCGGAUGGUUGACUCAUGGCUACGUCAAUUCUUCGAUCCGAUGGGGCUUUGGCUGGAGCUUAUGCUACGUGGUCGACUUCUACAUCGUAAACUCUCCUCUGUAGUGACGUCACCCGAUUCUACUGUGCAUGACGUUGCUCUUCUGACGGAGCUAGUGGGCCUUUACCGUGCCCUCUCUAGUGUGCCGAGAGUUCCCCGUUACCUUUCCGGCCCGUUCUUCAUCACUGUCGACGCUAGUAGGGAGAUCAUUGCCGUCGUGGUCUGCGACAAGCUUGGGACACGGCUUUUCGCUCGAGCUCAAGUCAUCCCUUCGGCCCGUCUAUCUUGGACCAUA